GUUUUCGUAGAAAGGCUGAAAAUUGGCAAUAAUUUGGCAAAAAAGGGUACUACGCUCUGGCCAAUCAAACGACACAAUCAUCACAGCAUGUCCAUGCCACCAGCGCCUCCAUCCCUUGCCACUACAGCAGCCGUGGACACUGCGGUACAACCAAACGACCCUCCACAUAAGAAAAACAAGCGCACCAAGUCAUAUGGGAGCUACCUCCCGCUGGGUCCGACUCAACGGACCUACUGCGCGACCGUGAGCUACGACGGCACUGGCUUUGUCGGAUUCCAGCUGCAAGACCAUGAACGCAAUGUCGCAAGCAAUAGUAGUAGUAGUAGUAUUAGAACUAGCACGGCCAAAGCAGUACGCACCGUGCAAUUGGUCUUGGAAGACGCGCUGCUGCGCACCACGGGCGAAACUAUCCGCAUUCGAGGCGCAAGUCGCACAGACAAGGGCGUGCAUGCCGUCGGGCAGGUCGUCGCGUUUACCAGUGCCGUCGCCAUCGACUCGAACGAAGUGUUUCUGCGAGCCCUCAACACCCGCCUCCCAGACGAUGUCGUCGUUACGAGUAUGACACACGACGUUGACGUGGACUUUGACCCACGAAAGCAAAGCCAGGCCAAAUGCUACAUCUAUCGACUCCGACAUGGAACUGUGCGCGUUCCGUUGGCGCGCCAUCAAGUGUGGCAGAUGUCGAAAGAGCUGGAUGUGGACAAGAUGGUGGAGGCGGCGGCGUGGCUUCAAAACGAUGUUGCACAGGACUUUCGACAGUUUACCCCAGCCAAAGCCCUCGCGCCAGACAAAAGCACCCUGUGCACAGUCACUAAAGUACACUUGUGGACAGAUAAAGCCGACCAAACUGUGCACAUUCAAGUGGUGGGCAACCGGUUCCUCUACAAAAUGGUGCGUACGAUCGUGGGGGUACUCGUGGAAGUGGGGUUGGGACGCGCAACGUCGCAGCAAGUCCAACUGAUGAUGGCGCAGCCGAUGGCAUCGCAUCGGUCCAUCAGCACUGGCGCGCCACCUCAUGGCCUCGUGUUGCAGUGGAUUCAGUUGAUAGAAGCAUAACACCUUCAUUCGUUCAAGUGCAUUCAAAUUAAGGAGUGAGCAAAACUAGCUACUGCAAGUCGGCAGACAAUCCAAUGACCUAUCAAAACCCA